CCAAUUGAAUAUAUUCAGUGGACCAGUGAAAUUUCAAGUGAAAGGAUGUACAUUAAAUGAAAAAGGAAGAUUUAAAAGGUAUGGCGAAGUAUGCUGUAUAUGGAUUUGUCUGUCUAUGUAUGGUGAUGAUGUUUAUGUAUAUGAUUAAAACAAAAGAUGUCACAAUCUAUGCCAGUCAUUUGUCAGUUUCCAAAACAUACAUUACUGGAGGUAAUUGGACAUAUUAUCAGAAAACUUCGCCAGUCCUUUCAAAUGAUAUAGCAUCUAUUCAUACUGGUAGAAGGAAGUAUGACUUCAAUAUUGUUUUACCAAACUUAAUUCCGCCUGGAUUUAUUCCCGACGAUAGAACCAAAGAGAUUUCUUUCCAGUGCAAAGAAACGUUCAAUAAAACUCUACGGGACAACCUGGCAGUGCUUAUGAAUUAUCCACGUGGUGCUGCUGAGAAAUAUUUUCAUAAACUUGGUGUACACAAAACCGGCCCUGAUAAAAUGAGAACGUUUCCAGUUUUCGCGACUGCCUUUGAUAAUAAAUAUUUCUAUCGUGCUCAAGGAUUAUUUAAAUCAAUUCACGAAAGGUUUCUAGGCAACAGAACUGACCUGCAUGUAAUAGUUUAUGAUCUUGGCAUGACGUCAUUACAAUAUACUAAGUUAAAAAGAAGUUGCAAGUGUGAGAUACGGAGAUUUCCAUUUGAGAACUUCCCUCCGCACGUCAUGGAAUUAAACACAUACGCAUUUAAGCCAAUUAUUGUUCAGAUGUUAUUUAUGGAAUUUGGUUUUGUAUGGUGGAUGGAUAGCUCAAUCAGAUUCGCAACAAGCAUCGUUGAUCCUGCCAUAGACUACGUCAAAAAGUACAGUAUUCUUCACACAGUUUCUACAAAUGACAGACGCUCAUCUAGCAUGACUCAUCAUACUGAUAAUGGCACUUACGAGUUCCUCGGCGAAGAUCGUUGUAAAUUUAGACCUUUUGGUGAAAUCUGGGCGACGACGGCCAUGUUUCAUUUUGAUCGCGUAUCACGUGUUGCCGUUGAAGCUUGGGUGACAUGCGCAUUGAACAAAAACUGCAUUGCGCCUGACGGAAGUGAGAAUAAACUGUAUUGUGAUUCUAGGAAAGACUAUGAUGGCCGUUGCCAUCGGUUUGACCAGUCUGUGUUAGGUAUUAUCACACGUAGAAUAUUUCACGAACAGAAUAGAUAUCCGUUAGAUUAUAGAUUAAAUGACAUUUAUCAAAUUAACCGCGAUGAGUAUGUCCCUUAUUUUAAAUUAUAAUAUUCCAUUUACUUU